AUGCCAAUCGACUUCUCCCUUACCUAUCCGGACUUCUCGCAAGUUCGACAUAUGCAGCGGGAUGUGACGAUAGUGUUUACGCCGGUGUUGGAGGAGGUUGGGAAUGAUUGCUGGACGGGGGAUGUUUAUGUUGCUGAAAGCCAACUAAUACUCCACGACCCAGACGACGCCCUCAUAAUCUCCAUCGACUACCCCUCCAUCGGCAUCCACGCUGUCUCGCGGCACGGCGACGACGUCAUCAAACUCCCACAUAUCUACGCAGAACUUGAUGCGAGUGUUGCGGUGGAUUCGGUGCGGAUGGGUGAGGAUAGGGUUGAUGUGGGAGAGAUGACAGUGAGGGAGAUGAGGAUUGUAGUCGAGGAUGGGGAUGCAUUGGACGUCCUCUACCAAUUCAUCUCCAACUGUGCAUCCCUCCACCCCGACCCCAUCUCCGAAGACGCCGACAUCUCCUCGAACGAAGACGAUGAGAACGAAUGGUACACGACACCCGAACAAAUGGAGAACCUCACCGCCGAGCAACAGAAAGCGCUGGAUCAUUUCGCUGCGGUGUUUACGGGGCCGUAUCCGGAUGCGGUGGUAGAGGGGCAGUUUGACGAUGCUAUGGAGGAUAUGUAG